CUGAUCCUUCUUUCGCAACAGACCAGCAUCCCAAAGCACUUCAUCCUUUAUGUCUCCUCUCGUUACUUUUUACUCAAAAAGUUUGCAAGCAACAAAACAAAUAAUAACAAUCAACAAUUUUUUAACAGCAUCAUGGACGUUGAUUUCUCCAGUGAACAAGGCUUUAAACCACCCGCAGUCGCCAAUGAUAAUAUGCCGACACCUCUGUGUGGGUUCUUUGUCCCAGGAGGACCCGUCCGGAGUGACUUUGUUCCAAUGGACCCCACGGGCAUCAAGCGGACGCUACAGCUUUCCAGUCCAGGAGAUCUUCCAUCUCCGCUGGCAUCUGUCACGGAAUUGGCCUGUUUUCUAUGGCCCAACGUCAUACUCCCCGAGGGACAGGGACUCUCUAUAUACUGGCAAAUAUCGGGAUUGCCAGAUCCAUCUUCGACUGCUCCACCACCCAGUACGGGAUUUGAAUUGUUGGGAGCAUUGGUACCGGGCACCCAAUCCUCGCAAGUCUUUCGAACGGGAUGGAGUGAACACGAACAACUGUUGGACAUUAUGAGUCGCAACAUUCCCGUGGUGGUGACCAUUGGCAUUGGUGUAGAACCCUUGACCAGUAUUCACAAUAUUCGACCGGUCGAUCGACUGGAGAAUCGCAUGGUUGUGGCACAAAAAAUUGCCAAGGACUUGUUCAAGUACAUGCAGAGUUUUGAUACCGGUGGUUCCUACGGUCAAAUGAUGGUACCGACCAAUAUCUUUGAUCGAUGGAUGAAACGAUUCGAAGCACGAUUUCGAAGAGAUCCAAACUUCUUUUUAAAGGCCAGUGAUGAUGAUUGA